AUGGAGAAAAGUGUUUCGAAAAAACUUUGUGGUGCGGCAAAUAGAAAGAAAAAAGCUGAAAAGGAAUCGGAAAUAAAAAAGCUGUCACACAAUCUUGACAAAUUUUUGUUGCCCAAUAAUAAAAGUGAAGAUUCGAAUGCUACAGAACAUCAACAAGCAUGUUUGUCUCUGUCUGAUGUAUCUACGGAUUCUGGAGACUUAAAUUCAAUUUUAAGUACAGAGAGUCGAGGAAUUCAGGAAGAAAAUAUUGAAAAGCGGUCUCGUUCUAUUGAUAAAAUAGUGGACAAACAAAUUCUUCUAGAAAAAGAUAAAUUAUGUAAUGAAGUUGAAGUAUUUACUGAUCUUGCUUACUGGACAAAGAAUCUGCAUUCUCAAAUCAUUGAUGCAGUUGUUAUUCAAGGGCCACCAGAAAUUAAGGUUAUGCAAUUCCCAGUAGAUGCUCAAAAGCGACAUUUUUCUAUGAAUCUUUGUGUCAGAAAAUUAGAUAAUGGCGAAGAAAUUAAAAGAAGUUGGCUUGUUUAUUCUGAAAGUGCUAAUAAGGUUUAUUGUUUUUGUUGUAAACUUUUUUCUGUCGAGGGUUUGUCGUCAUUGUCAACAACUGGUUUGCAAGAUUGGAAACAUAUUCACGUGCGUUUGCGAGAACAUGAGAAAUCUGUUGAUCAUAUAAAUGCGAUUAAAAACUGGUUCGAGUGUAAAUCCAAACUUACCUUGAAUCAAGGAAUAGACAAAGAACAUCAAAAAUUAUUAAACGACGAAAUUCAGCAUUGGAAACUUGUUUUAGAACGCCUCAUGAUGAUAACUAUGUAUCUUGCUCAACACAAUCUGGCUUUUCGUGGCUCAUCUGACAAACUUUAUGCAAAAAAUAAUGGAAAUUUUCUUGGAUUAGUAGAAUUACUCGGGAAGUUUGACGAUAUCAUGCGAGAACAUUUGAGAAGAAUUUCGAAGGAAGAAAUAAAAGAUCAUUAUUGCGGAAAAAAUAUUCAAAAUGAAUUAAUUGAUCUUUUGACAAAGGACGUUUUAGAAGAAAUAUUGAAAAGAUUCAAAAAUGCACGAUAUUAUUCUAUUAUUCUUGAUUGUACUCCUGAUAACAGCCAUACUGAGCAAAUGUCAUUCACUGUGAGAUUUGUGGAAAUUGACGGUAAUAAUGUCGAAAUCAAAGAGCACUUUUUGGGGUUCAAAAUUGCUCCCACAUCAACUGGCGAAGGACUUACAAAUCUUUUACUCAAAACUCUCGAGGAAAAUAAUAUAAGAAUUGAAGAUUUACGAGGACAAUGGUUCCAACAUGAAGGGAAAAAACAUGGGCGUUCAAGCUAG